AUGGCCUCUCGCCGAAAGCCUGGUCAGCACGAUCCAACCACUUGCCCGGAUGUCCAGGAGAGAUGCAGCACCGAAGCUGCGGUCCGCUCCGUUCUCGAAGUCCUCCAACAGAUCCCGCUAUCACAGCGAGGAGCCUCCGAGUACGUCAACAGCACCCUCGACGAUCUUGCCAAGUCCGCAGACCUGAUGGUCACCGACGCGGAGGAGGACCUUGACACCAUCUUCGACACAGUCCUGCAGGCACGCAUGUUCCGUCAGGCUCUACUGCCCAACAAACGAGGCACAGACACCACCAUCCCGACAACUCAAGACCAGCAGCGAGCCCAUGUCAAAGUCCUCUUCAAGGCUUUCAAAUGCGUUCCCGACGAGUGUUACUGCCAAGACGCAAUCAAGCGCCCCUUCAAAAACCAGGUCCAUGACAACUAUCUUGUCGAAUGUCUCUGCUGGGAGAUGUUGGAGGCGUGCAUCGAGCGUUCGAAGAAAGAUGCCAACCUAGUGGACGCAUGGGAACCGGGAAAGUUCAAGUACAAGAGAACGAGUGACUGGACCUUCGAAGAGCGCUUUGACAGCCUUGUGGAGACCAUAGCGACCUCGAAGACCAUCUGCAAGCACCUCUUCGACGUCAAGUACCUGUUGAAAGUUGUGGACGACCCCAAGACCAACGCCGAGCGUGUCGAGGCAAAUCGCAAACUCAAUGGCCUCAAGGCCCGAGUCAUGAAGCGAGGCAAGGAGGCUGAGGCCGAGGACAAGAGACAAGCCAAACGUGUCAAGGUUAAAGAGCCCAUGGACAGCGAUGACGAUGACUUCUCUGUCAAGCCGGGUCGCCAGCGCCGUCCUCGGAUGCCCACAACGGCGCCUGGUACAGCUGGACACCCUGUGGCCACUCCCACACGACCCUCGCCUCCCUAUCUGCAUCCACCAUCAGCUCCUACAAACAUGUCCAUGGCACCACCAACGCUGUAUCGGCCCCACCAUGCACAGGGUCUUCCAGCAACCCCUCUGCCGCAUCCCAACGACGUGUACAACAUCAGCCCAUCUCGUCGUGGCACUCCAUUAGGAAUGUUUGGUAAUCCGCGCCGUCCACCAUACUCGCCGAACAAUGGACAUGCGAGGAUGCAGACACCAUCGUCCAUGCAGCGAAAUGGCACGCAACAGCAUUCACCAUUGUACACACCACCAAGCUAUGCCACGACCUCUGAUACCCGCUUCUAUGCAACGCCGUCCACCCCCAGCCCCCGAUCCGUGUCCCGAGCAUCCUCCCGUCCCGCUGGCUCCGUGGCUUCCAGUGACCAUGGCUCAUCACAUAGCUGGCUAAGCCAGCCGGUGCAGGAGAACUACAGCAUCCACAAUGGCUAUCACACCGCCGCAUCGACCGUCUCGCACGAUCCAUUCGUGUCGUACUCCGCCAACGAGGAUCCACAGUGGAACGACAGCUUCAGCUCCGGUCUGAACGCCUUGACCGAUGCCGCCACCACCUUCGCCGACAAUGACGGCUUCAACAAGACGGAGAGACCAAAUUGCCACAUGAGCAUGUCCGAUCUCCUUGCCCAUGAAGAGGCACAACACGCAAAUCGACACGGGGGAUCGACCGAGUCCGAGAGUGAAGACGGAGACUUCGAAGUCGAAGUUGACUGA